UGAAAACCACUGGCUCUGAAAACCCUCCCACCCCUCCAUUCCCCUCCGCUCCACUUUUGAAACCCACCCAAACCACCACCACCACCAUUCCCUUCCCCCUUCUUCCCGCUCUUCUCCCUCACUGCCUCCGUUGUCUCCAUUGUCGAAGCACCACCGCCACACAACAGCAAGCACACCACGGUGGCAUCACUACCAUCACCAUCAUCGUCCGACCCAACUCCUUAAAAAGAAAAAUGAAGAGGACUCGUCCUACUAUUUCAGCAAGGAAGAGGAAGGCUAACCAAACUUUAACUUCAGAAGUUGGAGAAGUUGGAGGGAAAGGACGACGACAGAGGCAGAAGAAGGUUGUCAUAGAGGCUAGGGAGGAGGAGAACAGGCCUGAGGUAGAGCAACAAGUGAAGGAGGAUGCUAUAAAGGCGGAGGAGGAGGCCAGGCCCGAUGCACAGGCAGAGGAGGAUGAGGCCAGGCCCGAUGGACAAGCGGAGGAGGAGGCCGGGCCCGAUGCACAGAUGGAGGAGGAGGCCAGGACCGAUGCACACAUUGAGGCGGUAGAGCCAGAAGCCGAGCGACAUGAGGACGAUGCACAUACCGAGGCUUCGAUUGUACGCAGAGGGCGAAGGGGAGGGCGACAACAGAGGCAGAGGCAUGAUGAGGUUCCGGUUGGUCCAGAAGUUCCAAGCUUGUUAAAGGAUUUCAGGAAUCAUGUUGCAGCUGAUAUUUGGAAUGGUAGGGAACGACAGUUGUUGAAAAUAUAUAACCACUCGCGUUAUCUAAAAAUUUGGGAGCUACCGACAACCAAUCGUAGGUUCAUGGGUAGAGUUACAGCUUCAGGGUUGCUUCCACUCGCUCAAAUUACUUACAAGUAUUGCAACAAGGUGUUAGUGUCUUCAUUUGUGGAGAGGUGGCACCCAGAGACAAACAGCUUCCACUUUGGGUUUGGGGAGAUGACCAUUACACUAGAAGACGUGUUGUAUCUUGUUGGGCUCCCAGUUGAGGGGUUAGUUGUGCAUGUAGAGGUUCAUAGUAGGGAGGAUUGUGUUGCUCUUGUGCAUAGAUGUCUUGGUGUGACAAUGGAUGAAGCGAGUGACGUUGUUUCUUGUGGUGGUGUUGAAUUGCACUGGUUGAAAAAUAAAUUCAUGAAUGUGGGAAAUGAUGCCACGGAUGAGAGGGUGGAUUAUUGUGUACGGGCUUUCUUGUUGUACCUUCUCGGGACCACACUAUUUGUGGACAAGACUGGAAUUAGGGUGAAUGUUUCCUACCUCGCUCUUGCAAUGUUCAGACUGGAAUUAGGGUGA